AUGAACAAUCUAGAUCCUGCUAACGUUCGUAUUAUAACGACACUCGGACACGUUGAUCAUGGAAAAACCACGCUUAUGGAUGCGCUGUUGGCCGCAAACAAUAUCAUUUCCUCGAGAAUGGUUGGGAAAAUGAGAUACCUUGACAGCCGAGAGGACGAGCAGGAGCGAGGGAUCACAAUGGAAAGUAGUGCGGUGUCGCUCAAGUUUCAGGUGAUGGAGCGCGAUGCUAAUGGAGGAAGGUUGCCAAAAACUUACAUCGUCAACAUGAUUGAUACACCUGGACACGUUGAUUUCUCAACCGAAGUAUCAACUGCUUCCAGGCUGUGCGAUGGGGCGUUAGUAUUGGUCGACGUGGUGGAAGGCGUCUGCACACAGACAAUCGCUGUUCUUCGGCAAGCAUGGCAAGAUCGAUUGCGCCCCAUCCUAGUCAUUAACAAGGUUGACCGACUAAUCACAGAGUUAAAGUUGGCACCCACAGAAGGAUAUCAUCACCUCAGUCGGCUCAUUGAGCAAGUCAAUGCCAUUAUGGGGAGCUUCUUUGCUGGCGAGAGGAUGCAAGAUGACUUACGGUGGAGAGAAGAGCGUGAGAGGCGUCUUGAAGAAAAGAAGGAGGCACAGGCCAACGAGACCGACGCAAGUAUAAAUGAAGCCCACGAGUUCCAGGAGAAGGACGAUGAAGACUUAUAUUUUGCUCCAGAAAAAGGAAACGUGAUAUUUGCGUCAGCCAUUGAUGGUUGGGGCUUCCGGAUCGGAAAGUUUGCACAGAUUUAUGCGCAGAAGCUGGGUAUAAAGGAAGCCAAUCUUCGUCGGGUACUCUGGGGCGAUUUUUUUCUCGAUCCCAAAACGAAGAAAGUCAUCAGUUAUAAGCACCUUCGAGGACGCGCACUCAAACCGCUCUUUGUGCAAUUUGUGUUGGAAAAUCUUUGGGCUGUUUAUGAUGCUACCGUAUUAAACCCAAAUUCAGAGAAGGUAGGGAAGAUUGUAGCGGCUCUUAAUCUGAAGAUACCUCCCAGAGAUCUCAAAUCGAAAGAUUCUCGUCAUCUCCUCUCCCUCAUCUGUACCCAAUGGCUCUCUCUUUCGACAUGCAUUAUUCAAGCGGUCAUCGACAUCGUCCCUGCGCCACACGUAGCUCAGGCGAUCAGAGUUCCGAAAAUGCUUUACCCUGACCUGUAUGAAACGACGCUUCAACCAAAAAACAAACUUGAAGAAGACUUGUUUUCUUCAAACUCAAGCGCCACCGCAUGUGUAACGGCGUAUGUCAGCAAGAUGUUUGCGGUUCCCGCGAAGGAUCUUCCGGAGAAUAAGAAAACAAUGACAACUGGUUCUGUCAGGACGAAUGCCCGCGAGGCACGCGCCGCAAAUGGGUCUGCUGGAACUGAAGCGGCUACAUCUUCCGUUCUUCAAUUAAACUCUCAGGAAAACCCACCGGAAGAAAAAGAAAUCCCUCUGGGAGAUGCGGAAGUAAUCCUAGGUUUUGCUCGCUUGUACUCUGGCACCCUCCGAAUAGGCGCGUGUGUCUUCGCCGUUUUGCCCAAAUACAACAAUACUUUGGAACCUACGCACCCACAUAACGCCAAAUUUCUCUUGAAGGUGCAUGUCGAGGGUCUAUAUAUUAUGAUGGGAAGAGAAUUAGUUCUUGUGGACCACGUCCGUGCUGGGAAUAUCUUUGCCAUCAGAGGCUUAGAGGGUAAGGUGUGGAGAAAUGCCACUCUUUGCGCACCUGGCGAAAGUGGCAUUGACAAUACUUCAAAUCUGUCGGAACUUGGGCCAUGCAUCAUUAACCUGGGCGCUGUACGACGAUCAGCAGCCCCGAUUGUCAGAGUGGCGCUUGAGCCAGCGAUGCCGGCGGAUUUAUCCAAAUUGGUGCAUGGCCUCAAAUUAUUGAGUCAGUCGGAUCCCUGCGUAGAAACCUUCCAGCAACAAACAGGGGAACAUGUUAUCGUCACUGCUGGUGAGCUUCACCUAGAGCGUUGUUUAAAGGAUCUCAGAGAACGGUUUGCACGCGUCGAGAUUCAAGCUUCAAAACCUAUAGUUCCUUUUCGAGAAACGGCCGUUAAAGCCCCUGAUAUGGCUCCGCCCAAGACACCUGGUGCGCCUCGCGGCACAGUCCACGGCGCUAGUUCACACAACAUACUGGUAUUCACUCUCCGAGCCACCCCUCUGCCAACUCCGAUACUUGAAUUCAUCCUCGAAAACUUGGCGACUUUGAGGCAACUUCACCUAAAUCAAACAAGCGAACGAGACAACGAGCAGUUUACGGGCGAUAAUAACGAGCUAGAUGGCAUUGAUUUGAAUGGCGAUAUCGUUCGAAAACCCAAUAUAAAUCGCGAUCAGUUUUGGGAUGCCCUCCACAAUAAAUGUAAAGAGGUGGGUGGCGAAUGGGAGGGUGUCGUGGAUAAGAUUUGGGCUUUCGGCCCUCAGAAGGCUGGCGGUUGCUUGCUCAUAGAUGACAGGUCAUCAAAUCACAUUGCAUCGUUGAAGCACCGGUUAGGCAACGUGAAAUCCGAUGAAGUUCAGCUAGAAUCCGAAAAAGUCAUACGAGACUUUGAUAAUCACAUAGAGACAGGUUUCCAGCUUGCCACUUUCCAAGGCCCCCUUUGUGCGGAGCCUGUGCAGGGCAUAGCAUACUUCGUACAAAAGGUUGAGGUAGACAAGGAAGCACUGGAGAAGGAGAUGAAGCAAAAUAAGAUGGCGCAGGUUACAGGAUCCGUGAUAUCAGCUGUCAGGGAUGCAUGUCGAAAUGGCCUGCUUGACUGGUCUCCACGGCUCAUGUUGGCCAUGUACACUUGUGACAUUCAAGCUACAACCGAUGUCCUGGGUAAAGUGUAUGGUGUUGUAGCCAAGCGACGUGGGCGUAUUGUAGCUGAGGAAGUGAAGGAGGGGACAUCCUUUUUCAACGUUACUGCCCUAUUACCUGUGGUAGAAAGUUUCGGCUUUUCCGACGAUAUCCGGACACGUACUUCUGGUGCAGCGAGUCCGCAGCUCAUUUUUAGCGGUUACGAGCUUUUGGAUCAGGAUCCUUUUUGGGCGCCGACAACGGAAGAAGAGUUGGAGGACUUGGGAGAGAAAGCCGAUCGUUCCAAUGUUGCGAAAGGUUACAUGGAUGGAGUGCGAGAUCGUAAAGGACUUUUUGUCGAUCGCAAAAUUGUCGAGUUUGCAGAAAAACAGAGGACGCUCAAACGGUAG